UUGUCGCCCGAGUCAUCAUCGAUCGAUCAUCGGCAGUCGGAAGAGACCGGAAGCAAUCCCGUCGGACGAGAGAGACAGAAUAAUCACCGUUCGUUGAAUGGAGUAAUGAGCGGGGCCCCUGCGUGGGGCACAGUGCCCCGUCGUCAAAGACGUCACCAUCACCAUCACCACCAUCACCACCAUAAUCAUCAGAAAGCACAUCAGAAGCGCGUCCGCGACGAAGAGUCACGAAACGAGACGCUGGAUGAACCCGAGGAGAAACGACCGAAGGUCAAUCCGAUUUUCCUGUGGGCGUCGCAGCGUGAACAGAAGAUCAUCGAGGUGAGAUGCGAGGACUACGAUAAACGUAAUCGCAUCAAACUCACCAAGACCGCGCAAGGAUGGCGUUCGAUACCGCGCACUACGUCCAACAUGUACGCGGUUGCUUGCAAGAAGACGGGCAUGGCCGACACGUCGCUGGCAUCCUCGGUCUCGUCCAACGACGAGAAGGAGAACGGCAAACGAUGCCUUCAAGAACCGGCGAACACGACGGCGAGCUCUCUUCGAUGCUCCCAUCCGCUAAUAUAUUCGCCGAACGGCACGACGAACGGUUUGCUUACUGGCGACGGCGUAGGCAAAAAGAGGCAAGGGUACGAUGAAGAGACGAAUCGUCGAGGAUAUUCAUCUCCCUUGGGAGCUAGCGACAAGGUAAUUAACGAUAACGAGGACAGAGAAGAAAACGGCGAGGAGGAUAAGAAUUGCGAGCAGAACAAGCCAAAGGAUCUAUCUAUUCUGAACAGUGUGGAUAGUCAAGGCUGGAUCAACCUGCAGAGAUUGCAGAUGGACAAGCUGUUUCAGCCGCGCGUCGUGCUGGAACUGCUGCAACUAUCGCAACUUCCCGAGAGCGCGCAUCAAAAUGUCGUUCACCACGCGAAAAAUAAGGACGCGAUGGCGAAUGAGACGAAGCGGACAGAGGAAAGUAACGAACGGAAUGAGAAGAACGCUGUGACAGAAGAGGAUGAAGAGAAAAGGGAACAAGAGAUGGACAGUGAAGAGACGGUGGAGGAGGAGAGCAGCGAGAAAUCGAACAAGGCGGGUAUUCAGGACAUAUUGAACAUGAUAGAUGCUACAGCUUCGCCCGUUCUCGCCACUGAUACCCCCAGUGCCGACUUGCCGGUAGACUCCACUAAGACUUACGAGCUCGACGUGAAGGAUCGAACGAGUAGCGUAUCUAGUUACGAGACUGAAAUCGUCGAUCAAGACGGCGAGUUUGACGAUAAGCUGGAGGUGCACGAAGAGAAAAUCUUGAAAGAUUGUUGCUUGCAAGAGAUGGAAGACACGAAGAUCCAAAUGGAGAAGGAAUCUGUCAUCACGUGGCAGCCGAGCAUACCGGCCGAGGAAGAGGAAGCGCCAGACGAGCCCGGCGAUCCGUCGAAGCUCGAUUACGACAGCUCGAGAAUCCUCAAAGCCCUAAGGAAUACGCCAGGGAUCUCGGUGUCCAUAAUGAGAAAUGAGGCGAGCACACCCGAGGUCGGCAAGAAUCCGAUCGUGCCGCCAGCGAGGCCACCUUCAAAGGCAUCUUCGUCGAGCAGGUCGCCCGAUUCUCAGGCGGAAUGCGUCGAGAAGCUAUUGAAGAAUGCAAACUUGGACGGUUCGCCUCGUAAUCUGCCAGGUCUAUCGAUCAUUAUACCGAACUACCGCUACAAAAGUGUCUCCGGUCAACUAACAACCUCACCGAGCAUAAAGCAGCGUGUCGAAUCGCCCGAAAGCACCGUUAGCUUCAACAAGGUCGACGUAUAUCCGGAAAUGAAAAUUGACGAGUUUCCUCACGAAGAGGACCGAGACGAGGAAGAAGACGACGACGACGACGAUUGCGACUCGCAAGUUAUGGAAGACCUUAGACAGCAGAAAGCGGAUUCGCUGGCGUACGACGGUAUUGACGCGGAUUACUACAACGGGCACAGUACCAAGAACAAUCAGGAGGAUCGCAAAAUUCUGCCGGAGAACGUUAAAAGCGAUUCUGCCUGGACUGGCUCUGGUAAAAACAGCGAGGCGCAAGCCAAAGGCAAAGGAUCAGGAUAUCGAGAUCUCGAGCACUUCGACGAGCAGGUCCUGGAGGAGCUGCGAUCCCGUGGCACUGUAGUAGUCUCGCCGCAACCCAGCGGAAUUCCUUGUUCUCCUGCGUCCAGAAGACCAUCGUCGGCUUAUCUCGAGAGAUUACUCCCUAGUCCGCCGUGUUCGGUGUCCUGCUCGGAGGAUGCCAAGAGCGAAAUAACGCUCAAGAACAUCCUGGCCUCGUCUAACUGUGCGGAUCCGCGAGACUAUGAAAGGACAAAGGAGGGAAUGAUAAUCCGAUCCGAUCAAAGCGCCGAUCACUUCCAGGAACGUCUGAACGUUCACAAUCAAGAAGUGAGGAAUUCUGGCAGGCCAAUGUCCAGCGGCGACAUUCACAGUACCUUUUUCGCGAUGACGGAGCGUGCUGCGCCCAAGAGACCGAUGUCUGCCGAGUGGCAGACCGGGCAACGGCAAAGGAACCAAGCCGUUUAUUAUCAAAAGACCGUCGACAGAACGAGAGGCCGCUCGACCGAUCAUCAGGAGCAAGAUCAAAUCAUUUGCGCCACCUCCAGCAGCACUGACAAAUUUCUGGAUCCGGCGAGACAGCUUCGCGAACUGAUCGAGACUGUCGGCCAUCUGAUCCCCGAUCCUCUCCUAGUUCCUCGCGACUAUUUGCCAGGUCUGGCUGCCGCCCCGGCGACGGAGAUACCGAAGUUACUUGCCAGCAGACCCGAACUCAGGCUACCCGAGGCACUCACCAGACCCGACCUCCUUCGGGAUCCUGAUCUGCUCGUGAUAUCGCUGGCACACUUACAGCACGUAUUGGACCACGGCGAGGGCCCGGUCUCCAGAUCGCAACAAUCGCGGUCGCAACUACCUAGCGCCGUCGUCAACGGCACCACCGUUAUUAAAGGACUGUCUCCUUCGGCGAACGGUAAUGGCGCCGUGAGAGACGGCGGGUUCAACGUUUUCGCUAACAGACCCAAACUCAGUUGCAAGCCGAUUUGUACGUUGAUGCCGUCGUCGCAGCCCAUGGACUUAUCGAACGGCGGCAGAUCGCGCAUCAAUCACUAUUCGCCCUUGCUCAGAGUACGCAGCGGACUGCUUAAGCAGGAGCCGGAAGUGAGCUCUACUGCAAGCUCGCCGGACGAGUCGCAACUAUGGCAUCCGUUAUUUGGCAGUCAAAAGAGGCAGCAGCUGCAGCAACAACAGCAACAGCAAUCACUACAUUCACAGUUGCUGCAGCAACCACUGCAUUCACAGUUGCUGCAGCAACAGCAGCAGCAGCAACAGCAGCAACAGCAACAGCAGCAGCAACAUGCCUCCUGGCAUAGGACUACUCUCGCCUCCUGACCACCGACCUUGACCUUGACUGCGAGUCCAGCGAUUCUGAGAGAUUGAAGGAGAAAAGAAAAGAGCCGCGAGAUGUACGAGGAACGCCGCGACGCCACUUCUUACGCGGUUUCGGCCACUCGUCGAAGGCUGCUCACGCAGUGAGGCAGAGAAACGCGGAUGAAGAAACGUCGGCCGACGAGGGCUUUCGCGGAAUAACCGCUGCUCGACACCCGCAGAAGCGUGUGCUCUUCCCCUUUGCGGUGGUGUAGUCCCGAAGCGGUCGAAUCGAUUCCGUUCGUAUAUUUUAUUUUAACCCGCCGUUAGUCGCCCGUUAUUAUACUUGUAUUUUAAA